AUGAUGUUAUUUGAUCUACAGAUAAACUACGUGAAAUCCCCCCUGUCACCACCACCAGAUGCCCCACCUGUGGGGGCGCAUGCCCCUCCGCAACCAGUGAAGCCAGUAACUCCUCCGCCUCCAGUCGUAAAGACCCCAUAUCCAAGUCCUCCGGCGCCGGAGAAGGCCCCAGUUCCACCAUCACCGGUGAAGCCGCCGGUCGCGCCAGCUCCACCUGCAGCUCCGAUAGUCAAAUCAAACAAGGACUGCGUGCCGCUUUGUGAGUAUAGAUGCCAAGUGCACUCGAGGAAAAGAGUUUGUAUGAGAGCAUGCACGACAUGCUGUGAACGCUGCAAAUGUGUCCCACCUGGUACUUUCGGCAACCGUGAAGUCUGUGGCAAGUGUUACACUGAUAUGCUCACCCACGGCAACAGACCCAAGUGCCCUUAG